UAUAAAAUUCUCCCCCCAAAACAAUUUUUUCUUUUUGUGGAGAUGUGAGGCUGGUUAGUGGAGAAGAGAACGGCGAUGAAACCCUAAACUCUCUACCGCCAUUUUCGCCGCCGUUUCCGCUUCCAUUUUCGCCAACGGCGCCAUUAUCACUGCUGUGUCUGUUGCAGUAGUAGAGAGCUUCUGGAUCGAGCCACCUAUCUUAUGAAUACAUUUUCAGAUCUGUCUCUUUAUACUGACGUUGCUGUCACUGUUGCCACCGCAGAUUCUGCCGCCGUUGCCGUCGCAGUAUAUACCGUUGAUGCUACCAUAGUUGUCGUGGUACAACGCAUUUUCAAAUCUGUUUACUCCUGAGCUUCUUCUUCAACGCCGCUUUCUCUCACUCUAAUUUUUCCUUUGAACUACCACUGGUAGUGACUAUAACGGUUGGUGUUGUGAGUGUUGCAGUAGGGAUUGGUCUUCCAGUGUUCUAUGAGUCUCAAAUUGAUAAUGCUGUCAACACCUAUCUCCUCUCUCAUUUACUUUAUCAAAUUACAAUUUCAAUUAUUAUUAUUAUUAUUAUUAUUAUUAUUUCUUGCAGGCUAAGAGAGAAAACACGCAUUGUGUGGUUGUGUUCUUUUAUUUUACCAUGAAGAAGAGCAAAUCAUCUGAUAAAUGCCCUGAUGGCCAAACAUUGGGAACUUAUGGUUCAGCAACUGUUGGAUUGAUUCUGAUUUUUUCUGUGCCUCCUAGGUCAGUUUUGAGUAUCUCAUUUCAGGUAUACAUUAAUGACCAUGGCCUUGUGAAAAAGUAUAGGGAUCUUCAAACUCAUAGACACAUACCAUACAGGGAAAACAAGAAUCUUACCGGUACAGCAUGCUAUGCAAGUGUCAACACUCAUCUUGGAAUUGAACAAAGCAGAAGGGAUGAUCUGGAAUCUCUUGGCUAUGUGCUCAUGUACUUCUUAAGGGGAAGUGAUGCCAGCAAUGUAUGAAUAUGGGAGUAGUAGUGAACCAUCAUUCUCAACUGCUACUCAGGAUUCUUCUGCUGAUGAUGAUUUCUCAACCGGGUAUCUUCAGGAUGUUUUCCUUGAAUUCGGGGAUCAUUCCAAAUGUAGGCGCUUGCUGCCAAAUGCUGACAAUCAUCAUGAUCAACAAUAUUCCAAGACUAGUAGUAGUGAUCUUGAAAAGAGCUUGUGGAACUUGAACCCCACAUUCUGCAUGAACCAGAAUAUAGAAAGCAUUUUUGGACUUUCAGAUGAGGACAUAAUAAGCACAUUUUGGAGCAGAAUAAUGAGAGAGGAAGCAAAGAUUCUUGUAGAAGAAGAGACAACAACAACAACUACUAAUACCAUAUUAUCAGGGAAAAUGGAAUUCAUGUACAAAAGAUUGGAGCAUGAAGCAGAAGAAAAGGUACAAGCCCUGAAGGAGAUUAGAGAGACAGUGAAUCACAGGAAUCAUAUAGAUGGCAGUGUGAAAUUGAUUGGUACUUCAUUAUUUAGCUAGCUUUAGAUUCAGCACUCAUUCCAUGGUUAGUACCACCAUUGACAAUACAUUUGGUUUUUGUAGAGCAAUUAGUAAUUGACUCUCUAAUUGAUGUCACUACAGUAGAAGGAUAACUUAAUAUUAGUGAUAUUUAAGCAUAGUAAGAAGUGUAUUAUUUUAGUGAUUACUAGUUUACAGAGGUUUACUAGUUUACACCUUUUGAAAGUUUUUUUCUGUAUCUUUUAUGAGAAUUAUGAUUCAUUUAUGGGUAGCAGGCUGUUAAUCUGUUUUUGAUUGGAUUGGCUUAACUUUGAAG